AUGAAAUACACUACGAAUAUAAUUAAGAAAGGAAUUCUUUCCAGAUAUUGCUCCAAUACUUAUGGUAUGCAAUACAUUCCUCGUGCUCGAUAUUUUUUAACUUUUUGUAAAAAUGAAAAGUGUAAUACCAUGUUAAAAUACCAACCUUUCAGUACAUCCAAAAUGUCUGAUAAUGCACAUUACAAAGGGGAAGAUAUUAAUAAAAUGAAAAGUGAGAAAAAUGAAGAAAACAAAACAAAUGAAAAUUCAGCUAGCUCACCCACUGAAGGGGAAAAAAAAAAAAAAAACAACCUGAACGAGUCAGAAGAAGCGAAUGAAAAAAAAGAAGAAAUAAAUUAUGAAGAUUUUAAUAAAAUAGAUUUAAUAAAUGAAAUUAAAAAAACUAAAAAAGAUAUGGAAGAAAAAAUGGUAGAUAAUAAAGUAUUGAAAGAAAAAUACUUAUCUGUGUUAGCAGAAAAUGAAAAUUUAAGAAAUCGUUAUAUGAAAGAAAUAGAAACUAGUAAAUUAUAUUGUAUCAGUAAUUUUGCAAAAUCACUACUUGAUGUAGCAGACAAUUUAUCAUUAGCUAUUAAAAAUAUAAAUGAAGAGUCUUUAAAAACAAAUGAAGAAAUUAAUAAUAUAUACAAAGGAAUAGAAAUGACUGAAACUAUUCUUCAUAAUAUUUUUAAUAAAUAUGGAAUUGAUAAAUAUAAUCCUAUAAAUGAAAAAUUUAAUCCACAAUUCCAUGAAGCAAUAUUUGAAAUUAAUGACAGCACAAAAGAAAAGGGAACAGUAGCAACAGUUAUUCAGCAUGGAUAUAAAAUAAAGGACAGGAUAUUAAGGGCCGCCAAAGUGGGAGUGGUUAAAAAUUAA